AUGACUAUCUUUGACUCAAAUAUACGAAAGCCUAUAAGUGAAAUCGUUUUCAUACAACAUUGUAACAAAGCAUCGUUUUACAGACGCUUGGCAGCAACACAACUUCAGUCGACUGAUGCACGGAAGACGUUCCCUUGUAUGGACGAGCCCGAUAUGAAAGCGAGGUUCCAGUUAACGCUGACACAUCAGGAAGAAUACAAAGCUAUCAGCAACACUCCCCGGAUAUCGGAAACGCUUGAGAACGGAUGGAAGACAGUGAAGUUUGAGACCACGCCCGUGAUGUCCACCUAUCUGUUGGCUAUAGUUAUUUCCGACUUUGCUCACAGAGAAGUCAUCCUCGAUAACAAAUUUGAUAUCCGUGUCUGGUCUCAGCCUAACACAAUUAACCAGACCGACUACGCCAUCAGUAUGGUGGUCCAGUGUUACCGGUUCUUCACCGAGUACUUCAACAUCACUGAUGUCCUGAAAAAAACAGAUCACGUGGCAGUACCGGAUUUCAGCGGUGGCGCCAUGGAGAACUGGGGUCUCGUGCUUUAUCGCGAGACUGCGCUACUUUACGAACAGGGUGUGUCCUCAAGCGAGAACAAGUUAAUGGUCACCCUGAUCAUAGCACACGAAAUUGCACAUACAUGGUUUGGUAAUAUGGUAACAAUGAAAUGGUGGGACGACCUUUGGUUAAAUGAGGGAUUUGCCAGUCUUCUUAUGUACUUCGCCAUGGAUGCCAUUUACCCAGACUGGAACGUGUUCACGCUGUCUGUUGUCGCAAAAGAAGUGUUUCCGGUGAUGGUAAAAGACGCAAUGACGACGUCACAUCCGGUGUCAACUCCUAUCGACACUCCAGACGACAUUGCUGAAUCUUUCGACUCCAUUUCUUACAGCAAGGGCAUGGCCAUCUUAAGGAUGCUCAUGGGUUUUGUCGGAUGGGAAGAUUUCCAAAAAGGCCUUAGGCUCUACGUCAACAGAUUCAAGUUCCGGAAUGCGAAAAUGGACGAACUUUGGGACACCUUUUCUGAGGCAGUGGACUAUAGAUAUGACAUUAAGUCCACCAUGAACACGUGGACCCGUCAGAUGGGAUUUCCCGUGAUCACGAUGCAGACGGACGGGGACAGCUAUAACCUGACUCAGGAGAGAUUUCUAUACCUAGACAACAUGGCCGACAGUAACACAUCGCAGUCAAACGAGGACGAUUACAAAUGGGUGGUACCGUUUACUUAUAUCACGGAAGAUGAACCGGAAGUCCAACUGGUCUGGAUGAACAAUACUUCAGCUACAAUUCCUCGGUCCACGGACUCUUGGAUUCUGGCUAAUUAUGACUACAUGGGAUUUUACCGUGUUAAUUAUGAAGAUAACAUGUGGGGGAAACUUGCAGAUCAACUGAACAGAAACCACACCAUUUUCCCGGAGGCAAACAGAGCCGGUUUAAUUGGAGAUUCAUUCAACUUGGCGAGGGCAAAAUUACUGAACUAUGACGUUGCAUUAAAGAUGACGACAUACCUUAAGUAUGAGAGGGGUUACGCCCCUUGGGUAGCGUUUUUGGAUUCUGUGGAAUAUAUCAAGAGCUCGAUAUCAAAGUCAGGGGCAUACGUCCUCCUACAGAAAUAUCUUCUUGACCUCGUGGCGCCAGUGUACGAUUCUAUAGAGAUGUCAAUGGACGGGAUUCUACCCGACAG